AUGGUCCAGGCUCAUUCAAAAUAGCGAGCAACAGAACAAGGCCAUCUACGAUCAUCGGAAGCGGCGAGGCAGAGCGCGUCCCAGACUGCGCACGGUGCGACACGAGGGGACGCGAGGGAGAGGGGGCAGGACGGAGGGCAACGAACACGGAGGGCGAAGACAAAGGCCGAGGAGGAGGACGAGGAGGACGAGGAGGAGGACGAGGAGGAGGGCGGAGUCCAGGAUGAGGUCGGAGCGCGUCACAGACUGCGCUCGUGAAGGGCCUGACGACUUCUGCUGCCCCUCGACCCGCGCUGCAGCUGCCACGGCUCGCCCUGGCUUGCUUGGACAUCGGGCCCCAAGACGUGCGACGUCCUGAUU